AUCAUUAAGAGCCCUUACUCUAGAAUGGCACAUGUCCAAAUCAAGCAAAGAGGCGCAAUGAGACUCCCGGGUGCGGCUUUGGCUAAGAAGGUGCUCUUGCUCGCGCUGCUGGUCCAGCUCACCUGCGACGCCGAGGCCAUGACGACAAGCUGCUGCGCGCGCAAGCCGCACCAGUGCACGCUCUACGAGUUGCUGUGCCGCGCCGGACACCGGAACCUCACCGACCCGGACGGGAAACUCGGCCGCCUGAGCAGCGACGCCGCCGCCGGGAUCCUCACCCUCGGCAAGCGCAAAGCGCCCGAAACCCGAUACCAGGACCGACUGCAGCAGUUCCUGCACAGCUCGCGCAAUCAAGCUGCAGGGAUCCUUACUAUGGGCAAGAGAGUCGCAGAGAGCAGCCUCGAUUCCGAGCACACAGCCCUCAACCUGGACCUCGAAAGACCUCUGAAAUACCUGAUGCAACCUGCACACAGGGAAUCACGAGGAAUGCAUCAAUCAUAAAACACCACUCGGAAUCCACUCAGCUGUUAUUAUGAAUAUUUUAUGCAUAUGCAUUGCAUUAUAGCACCGUCGUUAUUACAGUCCGUUGUGUAAUUUUACAUGCAGCCACAAGAUGGCAGAGUUGUAUCAUAUUGUAUAGACUACAUACCAUAUUAUAAAGAAAUGAAUUGAACAAGGGAUCGGUGUGUUUGUGAACUGUGUCCAUAACUUUGCAGAACCAGUAUCUGUCCAUUAACUGUUCCUUAUUAAAUAAACAAUAACAAAUAUUA